AUGCGACAAGGCCGAUUUCAAGAGCUCACCAAGCGUUCCAGGCGACAACUCAUAGUCGAUGGAGAACGAACAAUGUCCCGAGUGUUGACGGUUCACGCGAGAUGUGCAAUGAGAAGGCAGCGUGACGACCCUGCUGGGGAGGCCACGUCGCUCCGAGACAAGACCAACGAACGGGACAAGUGGAGAUGCGACGGCAACGACGACACGUUGGGGGCAAAGGGACAACAAGAGCCAGCAAAGGGACAACAGCAAGACAAGACGGACCUGGGACAGUUUCUUGCCGACCGGCCAAAGGUGUAUGUUGGUAUAUAUCAAAGACGACGAGGAGCGCUUGCUGCAAGUCAGCGAGAUGACAGAGGGGAGAAGAAAGAUAUCGAGAUGGAAGUAACGACUGAAAGAUAG